CCGACCGAGAUUGAUGUCUUUGAUGUUCCUUCCGAAAAUGAUGCUCCAAUUCAGACUGUACGGAGCUCUAGAACCAAAAUGCUUCCCAGAAAGGAGAGCAAGGUGACGGCAGGGUCUUCCACGUUAUUAAAGACACAAACUAAGCCGAAUGAUUCCGAUGACUCAAACCCAGAGAAGAAACGCAAGCGUGGACCUGCGAACGACGCUAAGGUUGGAGCUCCAGGAAUGACAUCUGGUGUGGCCGAUGUAGCGAUCGCUCCGCGGCAUCGAAAAUCCCAGAAGAAAACAGGUGAUAAGUCGCCUAGGCAAGGCUUUGAGGAAUCCAUGACUCUUCCCGUUGUUAGCUCGGAAGUACCUAAAGUUCAACCAUCAUAUCCAGCCAGGCGAAUCCGAGCUCGGAACAACGCAACAGCACCAAAAUCACUCACCGCUAGAAUGCAAUCAUCCCCCGCAAGAUUGCACGAAAUGGUUUCUGUCCGAGGGCCAAAGCCUGGCACGGAUAGUAUAACAUUACAAAACAAGUCCCACGAAGAGGAAGUAACGAUGUAUGACAUUCAAGAUGCUACGUCUACACCAGCCCGCGUCAAUAGGAGUAAUCAGUUGAACACCACAACACCGCAACAGACACAGACUCUAAGCAAUUUAAUGGACGCCGAGGAGACUACAACCCCUUCCAUGCCUAGUAUUCGGAGGCUGCAGCUGACCGACUCGAAACCAAAGUCUCUUCUCGGCAGUCUUGUGAGAUCUUCUUCUGAUAUACCUCUCAGCGCACAUUCACGAAAACCUAGGCUCAUCGAUUCGCUGAGACAGGCGAUCCCUAGCUCAGAAGGAGAAGAAAGUGACAGUGAGGACGACGAUGAGUCAAGCGAGGAAGCCACGCAGCUAGCCUCUGGAACAUCUACUACUCAACCAGGAUCAAAAUUUGGUGGCCCUCCAGUGAGAGGUCGAGAUUGGGAUAUGGAUGAAGGUAUGAACGGAGAAGCCCAUAUCAAUUCACAACUGUCUCAGACCUCGGUCCAUAUUCCUACAUCCUCUAAGGUUACUUACGCGAAACAACGAUCUUACCGGGAGGAAGCAAGCCUAGAAGAUGGCCUACUUCUUUCCAUGGAUCUUGACGAUCCAAUGGGGUUCGAUGGAUUCGGAGCAGCCAGACCGCUGGCUGAUGAAUCCGAGGAAGAAGAAGAGCAAGGUCAAGUCAGAGGUAUACACGAGCUUAGAAAGAAGGGACAAAACCAAAAGUUUCUCAAUGAAGCCGAGUCAGCCAUUGAUGACAUAUCCGCCUCCAAUACACUGGGCACUUCCAUGCGUCGAAGUGCUAUGCUUGAACUCUGUACCCGGAUGUCCGACGAAAGCUUUCUUGAACAGAUGCUCGAUGCUGGAUUGGGCCGACGCUUUAUGGAAAACGUCAAGUCCAAUGGCGAGAUCGUGUUUGACUUCGCCGCAACCACUGCUGUCGCUUUUCUGUUGAGCCACAGCCUUGGGGCCGCGCUGCUUGACGAUAUCUAUAAAAGCCAGGUCAUCAAAAUAAUCACCACACUGUUGGGUAGACAUGAUGAUAUUGGUCGAAUCGCGAAAGAACGAAAAACCAAUCUGUCGAGAACGGGUCGAGAGUCGGUGGAUGCGUUCCGGACCUUGGUUCAACGUUCUCCACUAUGGUCAACGAAAGCACCCGAGAAGAUCUCACCUCGAAUCGUGGGAAUGCGAACACUAGAGCUUCUAGUGCUUGCACUUCGAAAAUCUGGCAAUACUGACGCGCUUGUCAAUGAGGACCUGAUCGGUGAACUGUUGGAUAUCGCAACGCAACGGGUCCAACUCGUAGAGAAAAUGGACGCCCAGGAAUUGCUCACUUGCAAUCUUGCAUUUUCGAUCAUGGAGGCGGUGUCCCUAUCGAAGGACAAACAGGCAACAUGGUCGAACAAAAUCAUGCGCCGCUUGGCAGAGCUGAUACCUGUCUUCCUCAACGCCAACGGAGAGUGGCCAGUCAAGCUUGCUAUGAGACUAUGCAUGAAUCUUACCAACAACAGGCCAAAGGCAUGCGAAGUUUUCGCUGGCCCCGAGUUUGUGCGACCACUAACACAGUCUAUAAUCGACAAGUUCUCUGCAUUGGAGGGUGAUUGCCCAGAAGAGCAGAGGGAAGAGGUGCUUGAGGAACUCAUCCUUAGCCUGGGAGCGAUGCUCAAUCUGGCCGAGUUCAGCGACCGAGCAAGGCAAGGCGUUGUGGCCGAUGGUGACGAGCUGGUAGAUGCGUUGGCAAAGCUUUUCCUCGAGGGAUCUGAACGGGCCGCACAGGCUGAAUCAAUGGAAGCAUCACAUGCCAAUGUGACCGUGGGCUAUCUCACAGUUCUCCUCGGGAAUUUGUGUCUGAACGAUCAUGUUCGGUAUAAAAUGCGCUUGCGGCUCCCUGGACAGACGGUGGAACUUCUGGUAGAGAAGAUCAAGGAGUUCGUUCGCUACAAUGAACGAGUCGACCGGGAGAAUAACGACUUCGGAGGAGAUGAAGGGCGGGCGACUUGGCAGAAUUUCACCAAGCGACUUCUACUAGUAGUGGAACGACUGGAAGUGGCCGAGAGCGGAUGA